AUGGCUCUCACCUCCAAUGCCGGGCGCGUGUGGAGGCACUCUGACAUGGCAUCGGCCUCCUGCCUGCUUUACAGAGAGUUGCGCACAUGUGCAGAACCAUUGGAGGCUGAGCUCUCGGCUUGCAUGGAGGGCAUCAACCUCACCCUGCAAUGGACGGAGAUGCCGAUAAAAGUAGAGACGAACUGCCUUGUCACUCUUAACAUGAUUAAUGGCCCGGACAAGGACCGGUCUCGCUAUACCAUGUUGGUUGAUCAAAUUGAAAGGCUUUUGAGACAUAAAGUCGCACUAUGGUGUGGUUGGAUUCGGAACCAGGAGACGUCCCUGAUAUUUGGAAGUGGUUUUUUCUUUAUCCAUCGUGCACAAUUACGGUGGUUUUUGGCAAUACUCUCCCAGUCCCGACUCCCGACGCCGCGGUCGCAGCCGCAGCCGACUGGACGCCGCAAGCAGCGCAGCGCCGGUGAAGAGCCGGACCUGUCACCUCCUCCGCUCCCGUCAGUUCCGGCCACUUCACCGCGAGCCCCACUGACCCUCAAAGGCCUCAACAUGGCAGGUCUGCUGCUGCGUACAUUCAUCCGGAUCCAGCCCCGGGCGCCGAUGAGCGCCGCCGGUGGAGCCGCGCCCUUCUACGCCUCGUGUCCCUCGUCGCCCCGCACCGUCGCGCACCUGGAGGUGAGGGGGGAGCAGGCCGCUGCUGAAGUUGAAUUAUCAAAGAAGAGUUGUAUCCCAUGCAUUUCAAAGGAUCUGCAUGCCAUGUCAGAAGAUUCUGCUAAAAAGUCACUUGAACAGGUGACUGGUUGGGAACUGAAAAAUGAAGGUGACAUUUUGAAAUUACACAGAGCAUGGAAGGUGAAGAAUUUUGUAAAAGGUCUUGAGUUCUUUCAGCUUGUUGCUGCUGUUGCUGAGGAAGAAGGUCACCACCCAGAUCUUCAUCUCGUCAGUUGGAACAAUGUGAAAAUCGAUGUCUGGACUCAUUCAGUCAGAGGUUUAACAGAUAAUGACUUCAUCCUUGCUGCAAAGAUCAAUGAACUCAAGCUAGAAGGCCUUUUGAGCAAGAAAAAGGCUACUUCCCAGGAGUAGCUUUGGGAGAUCAAGCAGAUAACUUUUAAUGUGUAGAUGCCAAGAAAUGCCCUUUUAUAUUGUCUGCGAUGAUUGUACAUGCCGUUCCAAAAUGAGUACUUCCGAUGUGAAUUCCACUUAACCUUUGGUGAGAUCUAUCUGUUCUGGGCGAUGCGUUUCUCUGAUGAUACGAAUCUGGGUCACCCUAAUACUUGUUUGUAUCUUCUGAAUAUAUACAGUAGAAGGUGCCAUGUAUGCAAUGGCAUAGAUUUUUUUUUAAGAUAAAGAUGCAAUGGCAUAAAUAUAUGAUCA